AUGGCUACACCACCAUUAAAACGAAGUAGAAAGUCAACGACUAAACGGAAGGAAGCUACAGUAGAUAUCAACACACUUAUGUUUGACGUUAUCAAUGGUGAACGUAAAAGUCUUACUGAAUUAAGCAACGCUGAGCUCAAAGCAGAGCUGAUCAAAUGUGGUGAGAAACCUGGCCCAAUCACUGAUAGCACCAGAAAACCUUAUGAAAAGCUAUUGGUGAGGAAAUUGCAAAAUGAUCAGAAUGAUUCCACCAGCAAGGCUACUACUACUAUUACCAUUACUGGAGCUAAGAAAACGAAUGCUAGUCAAAAUCGAUCAAGAGCUUCUUCAUCAGGUGUCAAACGUUUAACCAGUAAAGUAUUUCGACCUGUCAUCCAAGGUGAAUUAAAUGACGGCAUGAAAGUAUCACCUAUUACGACACCUAAACAAUUUAUGGUAGAAGGUUUAAUAGCUGACGUAUUGACUCCUUUUCAUCGUAACGGCGAUGGUAUUACGAUUUGUCACAUAUGUAGUGAUGCUGGUGAAUAUAAAUCAUUAACGAUCGACGAAAGGAAAGCCAUAGUACAAGAAUGGGCUAGAGCAUCUCAGGGAAAACUUCAGGGAAUCAUCUGUAACGUUAGUUGCGAUUGUCUCAACGCAGCAACUGAACUGGCACGCUUUGCACAAUCCGUUGGUGUUUCAGCUAUUAGUUGUACUUGUCCAAGUUAUGGAUAUAAAACUAGAAUAGCAACCUUAACAAAUUACUUGUCUAAUAUUUCUCGCGAUGCUCCUAAUAUACCUCUCUUAUAUAAUCACUCUGAAGAAACUAUUAUUACAUCCAGUACAGAACCAUGUAAUGAGGUUACUGUUCAUAAAGCAAUGUUGACCUUGCGGGGAUUAGACAUUGGUAUUCCACGCUCUCCAUUACAGGAACUUUCAGGUGAUAUGAUGACGAAGUUAAAAACAGAAAUGGCACAAUUAGGAAUCUUUACUACUGAUACUAUUAUGCAACCUACCAUCAACUUGUAUUAA